AUGCUUAUACCAAUUAUUCUCAACUUCAUCCUUCUGGCAACAGCCCUCCCGUACUCUCCACCCUACCAAUACAUCGGAUGUAUUUCAACAUCUUCUGCGCCGCCCUUCACACCUGCUUUUCUACAAGCUCCCUUCACCGCCUCUCAAUGUCUUCAGUCAUGUGCUAGAGCAGCAACACUUAUAGCCAUAGGUGCGGGUUCUUGUCUGUGUGAUGCUGGUGGUGCAUCAGCAUCCUUCGAGCUUAUCGACGAGCAACGGUGCAACGUUCUCUGCGUUGAAGGCGAUGAAAGCAGCGGACAAUGUGGGGGAGAUGGCGUGCUGAGCUUGUACCAGCUCGCAGGGUGUGAUGGUGGCGAGUGUUUGGGGAAGAAUGGAACUGUCCCUCCCGUCGUACAAAAGCCAUCGCCUUGUACGAGUUGUAAUGGAACUGGGACGCCUGUUCCUGUUCCCGCACCAACACAGACUCAACAGCAACAAGUUACGGGGGUCAUUUGUCCACCUGAGGGCUGUACAACUGUUGUCCCGCUGCCCAUCGCAACGCCUUCCGGGAACUCGACCGGCAAGACAUGCCCGUCUGGAGGAUGUACCGCCAACAAGCAAGCCGGAAGUCAAUCUGGCUCGUCUCAAUCGCCCUCUGGCUCAUCUGGCAAAGGAUCCAACGAAGCACCGAGACUUGCAAGCGAUAGCCCCAGACUUUAUGCACCAAGUAUACUAUCAGCUAUCGCCGCCGUCAUCUUUGGUUUGGGUCUACUUUAG